UGUAUGCACYAAAACAAAUAUAAUCCAAGUACAACUUAUCCUUUGGCGUUUCCAGCAUACAAAUACGCUUUGAUUCAGCAUAUCAAUCGUGCCAAGCACAUAUCUGGUUUCCAUUCAUUCAUCGUAUGCCCUCACGCUAAUAAUAAUUAACAUCGUUGCCAAAUUGGCCCCAAAACGACGUGGCAAUGACAAUGGCCGACCUUGAAGCUGAAUCAGAACAAUUUCUCAACGAAGACGGGUUUUCAAGCCCGUCUGUGGUGAAGGAUCGUCCUCUAGCAGCUAUGCUAAAGAAGAAAAAUGUCUCUAUGUAUUUACAGUUUGUCUUCUUUGGGAUCGGCUCGGUUUUGCCAAUGUUCGUAAUCUUCGCAGCCGUGGAUUACUUCGACGAUAUUUUCCCAAAAACAGAGCCAGAAUUCGCCCUUAAUGUUAUCUACAAUCCUCUAUUGUUCUGUGGUUCAUUUGUCAAUCUCGUCUGGGGAAGAGGCUCUAGUUUUCGAUGGAGGAUAGUAUGUGGUUUCGGCGUGAUGGCUUUGUCUAUGUUGGGAUUCAUUGCUUUAGAUCGACUCGAGUUAUGUGGGGACCCUUGCAUUAAUCCUCAUAAGUUUCAUUACUGGGCUGUUCUAGCAAUGGCUGGCGUCCUUGGCUUAGCUGAUGCUGUUUGUCAAUCCACUUUGUUUGGUCUUACAAGCCAUGCUUUACCACCAUUAUACACCCAAGGGUUAAUGUUUGGUGCAAGCUUAUGUGGUUUCAUUAUCACCCUUCUGCGAAUCGUCACCAAGAGUACAACAGCCAGCAUGCACCUGUCUACCUACUACUACUUUGGAGCUACGGCAUUCUUCAUAGCAGUUGUUAUCAUACUCUUUAUUCGUYUAACCAAAGGCAGAGCAUUUCAAAGAUAUUACUCCAGAGCUGCUAAGUACAGUUUGGAUACGGACUUGAAAAGUCCUUUCAAGCGAUUUGCUUGCUUCUCCUAUGAAGCAAUCAAAGUUCUGAGUUACAAGCGAGUUUUUUGUUAUUGUUUUCUGUUAAUGCUGAUCCAGUUACAGCAAUUCAUGGUGUUACCUUCUGUCAUUACCAUGGCAAAUGAUUUCCUUGGUAAAGGAUGGUAUCCAGUGCUUUUGGUACUUGUUUACAACAUUGGUGACAUGCUUGGCCGAGGACCUAUGUCAUUAUAUUACACCUAUAAUCUAGGCUGGGCAUGGCUGUCUACCUUUGUGAGAUUUUCGCUAAUUAUUGGCAUAUGCUUGAGUGUACCACCAUACAUGCUGAGUAGAAGACCAGCUUGGAUGGCCACCUUUGUGGGUUUAUUAGGACUUUCAACAGGACAUCUGAACACUUCUCUCAUGUCCCAUGCUCCUCUUGAUGUACCCGGAAAAGCUAAAGAAACUGUUGGGUAUCUUGGAGUGCUGAGUAUGACACUCGGUAUGGCAGGGGGAAGUGCUUUGAGUUUAGGACUUAAAGCUUUGAUUGAAAGAGUAAAUUGAACUUUACUCCUUUGCUUCAAGGACUGAUUGAAGAAGGAUUUCAAGGUUUACUGAAAGUUGAGGAUUUUAGAACAGAUUUCCUGCAAGUCACUGAUCCUGAUCAAAUGAAUUCAAUCAUGUGCACUGUGAUUUGUGACAAGUUGAAGUUGUCAAUUCCAUGACAGCCAUGUCAGAUGCGUAGCUUUAAUUCAUUUCUGUAUUAAAGAUAUACUAGAAUUGAAAGUGCCAAAGCCUGACACUCUAAACUAAACUUAGACAUUUAUGAAUGAUCAUUUCCAAAAUGACAAUUUGUUAAAAUAGUGGUUAAGAGCAAUAUUAUCAAGAAAAUCUGUGAAACAGUGGUAUUCUUGAUCAUGUUCUGUAGUAAAACAUACUGUUACUGCUGYUUCUGAUAUAAAUUAUUAUUCUACUAACUCAGGCAUUUCAAUGGUUUGUUGUGAAAUUGGGUAUUUACUGCUGCCAGUCAAGAAUAUAAAAGGUACUGACUGAUUAUUUUUGAUUGAUGGUAGUGAAAAAACAAAAGUUCAGUGUGCAGCUUGCAACUAUGGAGUUUGCAGAAUAAAUUAUACUAGAGUUCACAGAAUAAAUUAUACUACCUCCAGAUAUGGGUAUUGUGGGAAUAACCAUUCUAAUGAUUACACAAUCCAAAGAACUAGCUAUAAUUUGAGUCGUCUGGUUUUUUGGCUUCCAUCAAUCAAAUUUCCAAUGGGAUGAGUUCGUAUUUUUUUUAUUGAAGGAAGCCAAAAAACCCAAACAUCUUGAGUGUAGAAUAUGCAUUAUAAAAUAUGUGUAUAAUAAAGUUGAUCAAUGAAGUUCCUUAUCAUUGAUGCUUUACACAGUCUGAUGAGAUAAUAUUAUGCAAUUGAUUGGCGCUGGGGGGAAGGGUUUAAAUAUGAAAAGAUUUUAGGUGAAGCACAGGUAACAGUUUGAAUUUUCUAUAUAAAUAAUGAAUAAAUAGCCAUUUUAGCUCCCUCACUCCAAAACAAGUACACUCCAAUGGCAGCCUUUGUAAAAGAAGGAAUUAAGCCUAGUUCUGGGCCCGGUUGUUUAAAGGAUGGAUAGUGCUAUCUAAUGGUUAAAUCAUAUCCAGUAUAUAAAUCUAUUGGAUAACGGCAUUGACUCCUUCACUGGAUAAGGAUUUAUCCAUCGAAUAGUGCUACACCUUUCAUACAACCAAGCCCUGAAUGAUAUUCUUAUAAGGGCUUUUCAAAAACAACUUUCAUUCUUGUUCAAUUUCAUAUAAAAAAUAUGUAAAUUGUAGAGGUACAAACAAAGGAUAUUUGUUAAAUAUAAAAUUGACAGCCCAAUUUUACACUAAAAGACAUUCUCAUUUCUUUUGGUAUUUAGAAAUAACUUGGCCUAAAAUAUAAGCUUAACAUUCCUGUCAACUUAUGAAUUAUAACCUGCAUCAUUUACCUCACGGAUGUCAAAACUCUUCUUAUAUUUUUGAUAAACAUAUAUUGACUUUGAAGACAAAUUGUACAAGAGAAAUUUAAAUUUUAAAAUUUUUAGGCAGCUGAUAUUGCUCAUCACUAUUAUGUGCUGUUUCUUCCCCUAGCUAUCAGACUGCUAUUCUYUUGGAGUUCUUAACAAUGGUACCUUCAGAAUACACACCCAGCUGUAAAUUCCUAGCGAAUUAUUUAUUAUUCACGAGUUACAGUUUCAAACUAGGUCCUUAAACCCCAUUACCAAUUACAACCCUUUGAAGUAAAAUAAUUUAUAAAAGUUAGUUUAUACAA